GUCCUUGGGGGAGAAGACUAACUUAGCUGCAGGCAACCUUCAACACUCGACAUGUAACAUGAUUUUUUAAUUAAAAAGUGAAUUACCGACCAUAUCUAGCCAUCUGAAAACUUCUGCUGAUUUGAUAAUGGAUUGGAGUCUAAUCUGGAUUUUGGUGAUAAUUUUCUCGCUUGGCCUCCCGCUCGCCGGACAAGACUAUGAGAUUAAAUCUAUCGAGGAAGUGAGGGCUGUAGUUGGCGAAAAUGUCACUCUGCCAUGUCAAACCGAACCCCCGAAAGAUUUGCAAUCUCUGACAGUGGAGUGGAAAUACAACGAGAGCUUUGUCCACCAUUACAGAACCGGACAGGAUGAUCAUGAUGAACAGCACCAGCAAUACAGACACAGAACGAUCCUCUCCCAUGAGGACCUGGUCAAAGGAAAUCUGUCACUGAAACUACUCCAUGUACAGCUGAGCGAUCAAGGAAACUACACCUGCAGGGUUGUGAAGCUGUCAAAAAAUGCAACGUUCACCAGCGGUCAUGUGUCCCUCAUUGUGUCAAACACAACAGAGGACAAAAACAACGGGUCAGCG